AUGAAAAUAGACCACACCAUCACCACCUCUGCCACCAACGGAGACAACGGUACCAUCUGCAGGACAAUAGAAGUGGCAGUUAUUGACCGCCGCGAUCUAACUUCACCUUCGAUGGUUGCUUCUCCGCUUGUCGGAGACGAACUCAAUCUUAUUCCACCACUAAACUUUGCUAUGGUAGAUAAUGGCAUCUUUAGGUCUGGUUUUCCUGACUCUGCUAACUUCUCUUUUCUCCAAACGCUCGGCCUCCGCUCCAUCAUAUGUUUAUGUCCAGAGCCGUAUUCGGAGGCGACCACGGAGUUUCUAAAGGAUGGUGGAAUCAGGCUCUAUCAGUUUGGGAUUGAAAGUUAUAAGGAACCAUUUGUAAACAUGCCAGAGGAUACAAUUCGUGAAGCACUAAAAGUGGUCCUUGAUGUGAAGAAUCAUCCGGUUUUGAUUCAUUGUAAAAGAGGAAAGCACCGAACUGGUUGUCUUGUUGGUUGCCUGAGAAAAUUGCAAAAGUGGUGUCUCUCAUCCAUAUUUGAUGAGUACCAGAGGUUCGCAGCUGCAAAGGCUAGAGUUUCAGAUCAAAGGUUUAUGGAGUUGUUUGAUGUUUCUACCUGUUUGAGGAAGAAUCUGGAUCAAUCUGUUAAGAAAGCCCAUCCAUUUGGUGAUUUUUUAAUACGGAGGGCCGUUGUGGAGGAUGAGAAGGCAGAUCCAAUUCAACGUAUGGAAGAUGGGUCGUAUGCAAUUAGGAACGCAGUGAACAUCAUGAAAUAA